GAGUAGCCAAGCCUGAGUGGUGCUUUCGUGUUUUCUUGAUAGAGAGUCUCCUAAAAACAUAAUGGCUGUUCCUGCUAAAAUGUGUUCGUUCACCCUUGGACGACUUCAAGGGAUAACCAUGAGAGUCUUUGCGCCCACAAUAACCCAGGUACGAACGAGUGUCUACAACCCGCACUUCUUGGAACCCAUACUAGACAAAAAAGAGCUGGCGCAGCCACUUCAGGAUAACGAUGUUCGCCGCUUCAGACCAAUCAAAGCAGCCAAAACGGAGCAGGUUUCAUCUAUUUUCUAUGACCCUCUGAUGCAGAAGUUCAUCAACAGGAUUAUGAAGAAAGGUAAAAAAUAUUUAGCAAGGGACAUUUUGGAAAAGACAUUUGAAAAUAUAAAACACAUUCAAGUGGAGAAGUACAAUAAAGCAAGCUCUGCAGAAGAAAAGGAGUCAAUAGAAACAGAUCCUGUGGUUAUCUUUAAACAAGCAAUCGAAAACUGCAAACCAGUCCUUAUUACCACAAGGGUUGUCAAAGGAGGUGUCACAUAUCAGGUACCCGUGCCAUGUAGCCCUAAUUAUCAGCUUUUUUGUGCAACAAAGUGGCUGGUCGAGAAUUGUCGAGACAAAGAACGCAAAAUCCCUAUGCACCAAAAACUGGCAUGGGAGCUCAUUGAUGCAUACAAAAAUGAGGGCAAAAGCAUCAGAAAGAAACAAGAACGUCAUAAGCAGUGCGAGGCCAACAGAGCAUAUGCACAUUUCAGAUGGUGAUUAGAAGUAAUCAAAAUGACCUGGAGAACCUUGUCUGGCUAAGACUGGCUAAACAGAAUAACUCUACACUGAGAAUGUGGAUCUUGUUGCUGUGACCUGCGUGGAACAUGACUGUGGUGAAGACCACAGACCAAAAACUGUUCUGAAUGAUGUGGGACUUGACUUUCACAAGUUGUUGUUGCGAAUGGAAUUGUCAUUUCAGUUUUAUCCAAUAAAUGUUUUAACUGAGAACCAGUAAA